AUGUCUGCCUCCGCUGCCGGAUCGGCCAUCGUUUCUUUAAACUCCGCCGGAAUCUCCUACCAGUCCCACCGGAAAAUCGCCCAUAUUCGGCAUUUAUCGUCGCCAAUUAAAGUCCCGCAUUCUCUUAACUUGCAAUGCAGAUCCCCCAGCUCCUCUUCAUCAGGCAUAAAAGCCCAGGUUGCGUCCGUUGAGCAAGCAAAUAUUGAAGCAAUACCUAAAUUCGAAGCUCCGGUUGUUAUUGUUACUGGAGCCUCCAGAGGAAUUGGCAAAGCAAUUGCUUUGUCUUUGGGAAAAGCUGGUUGUAAGGUUCUGGUUAAUUAUGCAAGGUCAUCAAAGGAGGCAGAAGAAGUUUGCAAAGAGAUCGAGGCAUAUGGUGGACAGGCUCUUACGUUUGGUGGAGAUGUUUCACAAGAAGCAGAUGUGGAAGCAAUGAUCAAAACUGCAGUCGAUGCAUGGGGAACAUUGGAUGUUUUGAUUAACAAUGCAGGUAUUACUAGGGACGGUUUGUUGAUGAGAAUGAAGACAUCUCAAUGGAAGGAGGUUAUUGAUCUUAAUCUUACCGGGGUAUUUCUAUGCACACAGGCAGCUGCCAAAAUAAUGAUGAAGAAGAAAAAGGGAAGGAUUAUUAAUAUAGCAUCAGUUGUUGGUCUCACUGGCAAUAUUGGGCAAGCCAAUUAUAGUGCUGCAAAAGCUGGAGUAAUUGGAUUUACAAAGACAGUUGCCAAAGAAUAUUCAAGUAGGAACAUUAAUGUUAACGCUGUUGCUCCUGGAUUCAUUGCAUCUGAUAUGACUGCUAAGCUUGGUGCAGACAUUGAGAAAAAGAUUUUGGAGAUCGUUCCGUUGGGACGUGGGGCAGUGGCCAUUCUUGGAAUUCUUGUUCUUGCUGAGAUUACAACAUCAUGCCAAAACACAUGGAGCCUAGCUAGAUACCGAAAAGUCGACUCGGAAAAGGCUGCUAAAGUGUAUGAAUUCUUGUCACCCAUUUUCUUUGCAUACUAUACUAUGAUUAGAGGGAUUCUUGGACCACUGUUCGCGUACAAGAUUGGAGUGUUUUUUGCAAGUGGAAUGCAUGGUGAUCUAAUUCCUCUGUGGGCAUGGAUUUCUUGGAUGGUUGUGACUGUCUCCAUAAUUGGAGUUAGCUUAUUGUGGAUAAUGAAUCUAUGGCUAGCUUUGUAUAGAAAUAGAAUCAAGAAAGAGUUGAAGAAAAUCAGUUAA